GCCUCGGGCCGGGAAGGGCGGGCGGAAGGCGGAUUCUGCUCCCGGCCGGGCUCCGUGUUCGCCCGCUCGGGCGGCCGGGCCCCGCGGGGAAGGGCCACCGCCGCGCGUCCGUGAGGCCUGGCGUGGCCGCGGGGCUUGGGAGUGGCUUGAGGGACCCCGGGACCGGCCGGGCGGGUCGCCGGCCUGCCGGCUUCGGGGCGGCAGCGUGCUCCUCCCUCGCUCCCUCCUCGGUUCUUGCCUGAGCCCUGAUCGCGCCCGGAAAACUUCUGGACUCCCAGGUAGGGAGGAGCCCCGGCUGCGCACUGCCAGCUGCCCUGCCACCGAACACUCGGCCCGUGUAGAAAAAGCGGCCGGCCUGGGGUUCUCUCCCCUGCCUUGGGGUGCAUCUCCUCAGACUCUCCAGCGCCUCAAGCAGAAACGUUGGGGAUCUGGGCCAGACCCUUCACGCAGUGACUCAGUGACUCAAAACGGCCAGCCGUACUGGAAGGACAGGGUGGAUGGCCCUUAGUCUCCUCUCCCUUCUGCACUUGUUCCCACCCGCCCGGCGCCUCAGCCCCGGGCGCCUUCGUCUUUUCCCGUGACUCCCUCCACUUUACUUCUCCUACUCCCUGUGGUUCUCGCGCCUCCCUCUGCGGCGGUGGGUCGCAAGGCUGGAUCAAGGCCUCCAGGGUAGAGCUCUACCAUCCAGAAAGGCGGCACAGGGCCAGGCCUCGCCCAUGGACCCUGCCCAGGACCACCUGCCAGCACCAGCGGGGCCGCGCUCCUGAGCCACCGGGGGCCUGGGCUCACUCUCCUUCCAGAGGAGCCAUGGUGUCUAGGAGGGGCAGGGGCAGCCCCCUGUGGUGGCCUGGCCCGGGAGGGGGCGGUGGUCACACGGGCCCCGCAGGCGUGCUCGGGGCUGCCCUGCUGCUCGCCAGCCUGCCGUGGGGGGCCCAGGGAACAGCCGGUGCCCACCCCAGCGCGGCUCUGGGCCGGGCCGUGCCUCUGGCCAGGGGCCGCUACUUGAGCAUCGGCGACGGCUCCGUGAUGGAGUUUGAGUUCCCAGAGGAGAGCGAGGGCAUCAUCGUGAUCUCAAGCCAGUACCCGGGCCGGGGCAACGGCACGGGGCCCGGCCCCGCGCUCCAGGUCACCUCCCUGGACACAGAGGUGCUGGCCAUCAAGAAUGUGAGUGCCAUCACGUGGGGCGGGGGGGGGGGCUUCGUGGUGAGCAUCCACUCAGGCCUGCCUGGCCUGGCCCCCCUCUACAUCCAGCUCGUGGACCCCCACGAGGCCCCGCCCAAACUGAUCGAGGAGCGGAGAGAUUUCCGCAUCAAGGUCUCGCCCGCCGAAGACCCCCCCGCCACCCUCGGCGCCGGCCUGGCUCACUUCUCGGAGAACCCCAUCCUCUACCUGCUCCUGCCUCUCAUCUUUGUCAACAAGUGCUCAUUCGGGUGCAAAGUGGAGCUCGAGGUUCUGAAGGGGCUGCUGCAGAGCCCCCAGCCCAUGCUGCUGGGCCUCCUGGGCCAGUUUCUGGUCAUGCCCUUCUAUGCUUUUCUGAUGGCUAAGGUCUUCAUGCUGCCCAAGGCCCUGGCUCUGGGCCUCAUCCUCACCUGCUCGUCGCCCGGCGGCGGGGGGAGCUACCUCUUCAGCCUCCUCCUUGGAGGGGAUGUCACCCUGGCCAUCUCCAUGACUUUCAUCUCAACAGUGGCGGCCACCGGUUUCCUGCCGCUGUCCUCGGCCGUCUACAGCCGCCUGCUCAGCAUCCACGAAACACUCCACGUGCCCAUUUCCAAGAUCCUGGGGACCCUGCUGUUCAUCGCCAUCCCCAUAGCAGCAGGCGUGGUGAUCAAGUCCAAGCUCCCCAAGUUCUCGCAGCUGCUGCUGCAGGUCAUCAAGCCCUUCAGCUUUGUGCUGCUCCUGGGCGGCCUCUUCCUGGCCUACCGCAUGGGGGUCUUCAUCCUGGCAGGCGUCCGGCUGCCCAUCGUGCUGGUGGGCCUCACGGUGCCCCUGGUGGGCCUCCUGGUGGGCUACUGCCUGGCCACGUGCCUGAAGCUCCCGGUGGCCCAGCGGCGGACAGUCAGCAUUGAGGUUGGGGUGCAAAACAGCCUGCUGGCCUUAGCCAUGCUGCAGCUGUCUCUCCGCCGCCUUCAAGCCGACUACGCCUCCCAGGCCCCCUUCAUCGUGGCCCUGAGUGGCACCUCCGAGAUGCUGGCCUUAGUCAUCGGCCACUUCAUCUAUAGCAGCGUGUGCACAGUUCCCUGAGGCCCCUCGGGCCAGCUUUUGCCACCCCUAACCCAGCCUCCGCCCACUUGUCCCCACAGUUCUUGUGUACCAAAGGCCUUUAGUUCUCAUGCACUAUGCACUCAGAAAAAUCCAGGCUUAUUUUUUUUACUGGUUUUUUAUUCUCCAGCUUUCAGUGCCAAAGAGGCCAUGCUGAGUUAGGUAGGUGGGCACUGCCCAGAAAAUAUAUUUCAAUAAAAGAGAGAAGCAA